AUGACCAACACCGCCAAAAAAACCACCACCCAUAAACAGCAACAACCUAUUGCACCUACAAAGUGCUUAAAACAACAGCACACUUCAACCACCACUACUACUACUACCACCACCACCAUCACCACAUCGAGCAUAGCACACUGGAAGGCACGUCCCAUUAAAAUUGAGCUCCCCAACUUGCUGAAACAACCACGGGCUACACAAGACCUGAGAUGUCACACAUCCCACCAGGAUGACCUGUGUUGUUCGGUUGUAAAUCCACAACAGCGUACCAUACUAUACUAG